AUGCAACGCAUUGCUCUGGCACGACUACGGAAGGAACUAGCCGAUCUUGAAGGAGAUCCGGUUUCCGGCUUUACAUGUUAUCCAGUCGACGACAGCAACAUUGCGCAGCUAGAAGCAUAUAUCGAUGGACCACCUGAUACACCUUAUGAGAAUGGCAGAUUCCAGAUAGCCAUCAAUAUACCUGACAACUAUCCAUUUGACCCACCUCAGAUGCGAUUCAGGACCAAGAUCUACCAUCCAAACAUCGAUGAAAGUGGCAGGAUUUGCGCAGACAUGUUGAAAACAGGUGAAGCGGGUGCAUGGAAGCCUUCACUCAACCUAUCAACACUCCUCAUUUCAUUGCGUGCUUUGCUUUCUUCACCUAAUCCUGACGAUCCUUUGGAUGCUGAUAUUGCUCGUGAAUACAAGCUCGAUUAUCCACGAUUUGCUAUUCGUGCAAAGGAACACACAGCACGAUAUGCCACUGGAGAACAGUCCACAACGCUUGACGAUGAGGAUGAACCACCCAAGGUCUGGGAAGAAACCCAAAAAGAUGAGGAAGAGGAGACGGCAUUGCAAGAAUACGAUCAACAGGAGAUGAGCCAAAGCAAGAAAAGUCGACUUUCACUCUCCAGCAAAAAACGACGUCGUGUUUCUUCUCCCAUGUCCCAAUCAAGUACACAAGAUAAUUCUCAACAUGCUUCAACGUCCUCUGUACCCAAUCAUACCAACAUGAAUCAACUUGCAUCAUCAUCGUUAUCAUCAUCAACCUCACCACCACCACCACCACCAUCUUCAUCAUCACCUCCACCAUCUUCAUUAACACCACCUCCACCAUCUUCAUCUUCAUCACCAUCACUAACAUCAUCAUCACCAUCCUCAAAAAGCAACGUCAGCGACAAGACUCCAAUCCGUGAACGACAACCAUCGCCCAUCGUAUUCAAAACCAUCAACAUCAAACCAGCAAAAGACCUUAUUUCUCCUCCUCCCACUAAACAUCAGUCAUCAUUGGUCAGCAAAGUACGAGAGAAGAAUGCUGUCAAGUCAUCCAUUACGAACGCCCAUGACGCUCAGGAGUCAAAGACAACAAAGAAACCAACAAUGGCAUCAACACCACCGAAUCAAUCAUCCUCAUCAAAGAACAAAGAGCAUCAUGCAAACGAUAAUACCCACAAAGACAAUGACAGCAAACAAAGUAUGAAGGCACCGACCCGUCACCGAAUCUCAACGCUCAUCUUAUGCGACGAUGCUACUCAUGACGAAGAUGUGGACAAAAAACCGAUUACAUUGAACGAAGCAGCCCUCAAAGAGAUAUCAUCGAAUAUAGCCGACGAUGUUGAAUUGGUAUCAAAGCCAACCAAUAGCAAGCGCAACAAGCUUAGCCUGGGAAAGAAACGACGACGAGCCACACAGGAUUGA